CGUGCAUGAAUAUUACCAAAAACACGCGAAUUGAACGAAAGUUACCUAAAGCUUCACUGAGUUUAAUAGCAGUGAGCUUUUAAUUGCACACAGUAAUUUAGUGUUGCCAACGAUAUUAAUGAUAAUAUCAUCCAAAAUGGCAGCAUCCAUAUAUGCCACCCCACCGCCGGAUCUGAGCAGCGAGGACACAGCGCUCUCCGAUGUCUCCAAUUCAUCCACACUCAACACAAAUCGCGGCGGCGGCAGCAGCAGCAACAACAGCAAUCACAACAACAACAGUCAUACAUUGCAGUCACAUUCAAAGUCAAAGUCGCCGCUGUUCAACGCCAUGGGAAGCAGCACAAAUGAGCCAGACAUUGAAGCUGAAGCAGAUGAAGCUGAUGGAGCUGAGGGAGCAGAGGGAGCCGAGGGGGAAUUGGAUCAGACGGCAAUGGCCGCAAUGGCAGCGGCAGCAGCAAAUGCAGCAGCCAUGCAGCUGCAGCUACUCGAAGCGCUCAGCGAUGCGGCCAAAAAGCGACGCAAGCAACACAAUCCCAGUCGUCUCGAGGCGCUCAAUUUGAGUGGCGGAGAGACGGAAGAGGGAGCUGCUGCUGUUGCUGCUGGCGGUGGCACUGAGGCAUCAGUCAUUGACUAUGAGGAGAAGUUGUCAAAAAUGCUGUUGCCCAAGUCGAUAGUGAAACUAAAGCAAACAUUUGAGCUGCUGCAACAGCAAAAGUUGCAGCCCGCAGACAUAUCAGAAGCAGAAGCAGAAGCAGCCAAGGAGCAACAGCGUCAGCAACAGAAGCAACAGCAGCAACAUUCCAUGUUAAAUCCGUAUCAGACUUACUGCAAGCAGUGCGGCGAGAAUUUCGAGACAGAAUUCAAGUUGAGUCUGCACAUGUUGCAGGAUCAUCAGCAACAGCAGCAGCAGCAACAGCAGCAACAGCAACAGCAACAGCAGCAACAGUUGUCAAGUGAUGAGCCUAUGGAUAUGUUAAGCUCCUUUAAAGUCAAGCUGGAACGUGCCGACAGUCCAACACAACAGGAACUACAGCAACAACAAGAACAACAGCAACAGCAACUACAACAACUAGAAUUGGCCAAUGGACAUGCGAGCAACCAGAAGGAGCACGAACUCUGGUUGCAGGCAAUGGCACAGCAGCAACAGCACCAUCAACAGCAGCCACCAAUGCAUGGAGGCAUGCCUCCCUUUGGCUUUACACCUGAGGCAGCUGCUCUGGGCUGGCCACUGCUGGGAAUGUCGGGAUUUACCGGCGUGGAGGGUCUUAAUCGGCCGCCGUUGCGCAUCUUUAAUCCGGAGGCAUAUUGUGAGCUGUGCAACAAGGAAUUCUGCAACAAAUACUUUCUAAAAACGCACAAGGCCAACAAACAUGGCAUCUUUGAUCCAGCCGGUGAUUUGAGCACGCCAAGCAACAGCAUGAUUAACAACAACAACAGCAUGAGCAACAACAACAACGGCAGCAACAGUAACAGCAACAAUAACCACAGCAACAGCAACAGCAUUGCGCCUAGCAGCGGCAUCAACAGCAGCAGCAGCAGCAACAGCAACAGCAACAGUGUUGCCACUUCCAUGUUUCAGCAACUGCAAAUGCCACGUGAGCCGGCAACACCACAAAAGCCAGAGCCACAGCUGACACCACCAGCACCACCCACCGUGCACUGUGACAUCUGCUCCAAGCGCUUCACCAACGUCUUUGCCAUGCGUCGGCAUCGCGCCAAGCAGCAUGAAGCUGCCACGCCCACGCCCACGGCCACUAGCACGCCCACUGCCACAGCUACGCCCUCGCCCUCGUCGCGACGUGGCAGCCCCAACAACGAGCAGACGCUGCCACAGGCGCUGCAUGUCAAGCUGGAGCCUCAGCUGCUGGAUGCACUUCCCGCUGAGCCGAAGCCGUAUCAGCUGCCCGAAGGUUUUCGCGAGGACUUCACCCUGGAGCAGGAGGAGGUGCCGUUUGCGCCACCGCCACGCAAGUUGCCACCGCAGCUGCAGCAACAGGCACGGGAAGCCAACUGUGCACCGGAUAAACUGCGUCGUCUGGGUGUGCUGUUGCCGGAGGCAUUCUGUGAGCUGUGUUGCAAGGAGUACGCCAACAGGUACUUCCUGCGCACGCACAAAUGGAAGCGUCAUGGCGUCUUUGUGCCGCCCGAGGACUUGCAGUUGAACUCCAAGGAGGAGCAGCCGCUAAUGUCCGCCGGUUGGCCAUUUAUGCCGCUUAAUCUGAUGCUGGCCAAGGCGGCUGCCGAUCAGGAGCAACAGCAGGAACCCGAAGCGGAGUCGGAACAGCAGCAACAGCAGCAGCAGCAGCAGGAGGAGGAGGAGUUGCAAGCCGAUGAACAGCAGCCCAACAAACGCAUCAAACUGGAGCCCUACGAGGAGUCAAUGCCGGAGAAGACAGACAACUCGGUGAUGGGCUUGCAGAAUCUGCAAAAGUUGCAAUCGAUGUUGCAGCAACUCAACGAGUUCAAUGGCAAGCGACCUUUGCCCUGUCACCUCUGUGGUCGCGAGCUGGAGCAUCAAUAUGCACUGCGCGCACAUCUCAUGACCGAGCACGCCGGACAGCUGCUGCCGGAGGGACAUCCCAUGCUCUAUCAGCAACAACAGCAGCAGCAGCAGCAACAGUUGCCGUUGAAGCUUUCACCUGUUGGCGGCGGCUCACCGAAUAACGCCUCUGCCACGCCCACACCGAACGAGAUGCGCUGCCCGCAGUGCGAGCGUGACUUUGCCACAGCUCAGGAAUUCAAGCAACAUAUCGCCGAGGUGCAUCUGGGGCGCAUUCCCGGCACCAGUCCCUUGAGGGAAGGCUUCUACACGCCCGAGCGUGCCACAGUGGCAGGUGCAACAGUUGCUGGUGCCGCAGCUGGACCGCCGCGUGCCGCAUACACCAUCACGCCCACGUCCAGCUACUGUGAGAUCUGCAACAAGGAGCUGUGCAACAAGUACUUCAUGAAGACGCACAUGCAACGCAUGCACGGCAUCGAGAUUGAGAAUGGGGCACAGAUUGGCGGCGUUGUGUGCAACAUAUGCAACAAGGAGCUCUGCAGCAAGUACUUUCUGCGUGUGCACAAGCACAACACACAUGGCAUCAUUGAGGACGGAGCUCCAUUGCCACAACCGCGUGGGCAGAAUGGACUUAAAGUCGAGGCACAGCAGCAGCAGCAGCAACAGCAGCAGCAACAACAGCAACAGCAGCAGCUUAUGGAGCAGGAUCUGAACUUGACGCCACUUUCAGCCGACUCCAGUGGCAACAACGAGCUGUGUCCACUGUGUGCCCGUCAAUUCCGCAGCUUCAAAUGGCUUCGCACGCAUCUGAUGAACGAACAUGGUGUUGCUGGCGUUGAGAAGCUGCGCGAAUUGGAGCCACCAACAGUUGCCACUGGCGCUGGCUCCAACCGAAGCAAGCCCAACAGUCCCACGCUCAAGAUACCCAAUGGGAAUCCCACUGCCGCCAAUCCGGCCAACAAUCUCGCCCAGGCGCUGCAGAAUGCACAGCAGCAACUGUUUGGCCAGAUGCAAUUGCCGAAGGGAAUGCCCAUGCCACUGCCAAUUCCCGGCAUGUUUGAGCCGACACCUCGUUUCAAGGAAUACCAGUGCUCGCUGUGUCCAUUCACCACACCCUAUUAUGCAUUCCUCUUCAUCCAUGAGCGUUCCCAUGCGUUGCUCAACAAUGGCGGCGAUGGGGAGACGAAUGUCGCCGCCGAAGCGGAGACCAGGGAUAGAUCCUUUGCCUUGGUGCAGGGCAAGGCCAGAAGCAAGCCAAAUAAAGACAGAGCCGAUGUGGAGCACAUCGAGCCCACGAACCUGACCACCACCAACAACAACAACAACAACAGCAACAGCAGCAUUAAAGCUGCUCGCACUCCACCCACGCCCACCACACCCCACGUCUCUCCAGGCACAGCCAAUCCUCCAGUUGCUGUCUCCCCAAAGCCACGUUCCACAACAGUGACUCCGACCCCCAAUCCGACUCCCACACCACGCCAUGGCACUCCCAACAAGCCCGAUACACCCAAUGGCAUUGGCGCCCAACGUUCGGCGGCCACGUCGCCCUUUGAGAUGUGCAGCGAUCUGGCGAAUGGCAGCGGUAAACCCGCUAGUUAUGCCCAGCCCAUCAAGUCGGAGGAGGCAUAUCAGAUGCAGGCCUUCCACUUGGCACCCGCUGAUGCCGAUGCCGAGGGACUUUUUGCACCCGCCCUCGUCUAUUUGCCGGUGCGGGUUCGAGCCUCGGAGUCGACCACGUUAAGCUUCAGGCUGACACCAGCCUAAGUGAGUCCCGGUAAACCAGAAUUCACCAGAACACAACAC